AUGGCCACCGUCAGCACCAAGACCGGCCAGGAGGUCGACCGCCUCACUCUCGACUCCAUGCUCCGUCGCCGCAUGUUCUACACCCCCUCCUUCGAAAUUUAUGGUGGUGUCUCCGGUCUCUAUGACUAUGGCCCUCCCGGAACUGCCCUGAUCGCCAACAUGACCGAUGCCUGGCGCAAGCACUUCGUGCUCGAGGAGGAUAUGCUCGAGGUCGACUGCACCAUGCUCACACCGCAUGAGAUCCUCAAGACCAGUGGUCAUGUCGACAAGUUCGCCGAUUGGAUGUGCAAGGACCCCAAGACUGGCGAGAUCUUCCGUGCCGAUCACUUGGUGGAGGAGGUGCUGGAGAACCGCCUGAAGGGUGACAAGGAGGCCCGUGGCCAGAAGGUCGAGGUCGACGCUGAGAAGGAGGCCAAGAAGAAGAAGAAGUCCAAGGCCGCCCAGGCUGUCAAGCUGGACGAUGCUCUCGUCAAGGAGUACGAGGAGACUCUGGCUAAGAUUGACAACUUCGAUGGUCCCGAUCUGGAAGAAAUUAUCAAGAAGUACAACAUCCGCAACCCCGCUACCGAUGGCGAGGUCCAACCCCCCGUCGCCUUCAACCUCAUGUUCCAGACUUCUAUCGGUCCCAGCAGCAACAUGCCCGGUUACCUUCGUCCUGAGACUGCCCAGGGUCAGUUCCUGAACUUCCAGAAGCUGCUCGAAUACAACCAGCAGGCCAUGCCCUUCGCCUCUGCCUCCAUUGGAAAGUCCUUCCGUAACGAGAUCUCCCCCCCGUGCUGGUCUGUUGCGUGUGCGUGA